GCCGCGCGGGGGGCGGAGCCGGCGCGGGCUAGCCGGGAUCAGGCCCCGGGAUUAGCUGGUUUCGGAGUCGCGGGAUCCGGCCAGUCGCGAGCGCUCGGCAGACAAAGCAGCCUCCGAGGCCCGAAGCGCUGUGCCGCGGGGUCUCUGCGCCCCGGGCCGAGGGAGCGCGGGGCAGUUUCUCCGCAGACCGCCGCCGCCGCCCCGCCACCGGCCGCUGCAUCGCAACAGGUUCGCCGCCUCCCCGCGCUCUCCGUCCCCCGGGUGCUUCCGCUCGGCUCGGGGCCGCGGUCUGGCUACCGCUUCGAUGCGGUUCGGAUCCAAAAUGAUGCCGAUGUUUCUGACUGUGUACCUCAGCAAUAACGAGCAGCACUUCACCGAAGUCCCAGUCACCCCGGGAACGCUGUGCAGAGACGUGGUGGACUUGUGCAAAGAGCCCGGGGAGAACGAGUGCCAUUUGGCUGAAGUGUGGUGCGGCUCAGAGCGACCAGUGGCUGAUAAUGAGCGCAUGUUCGAUGUUCUUCAGCGAUUCGGAAGUCAGAGGAGUGAUGUUCGUUUCUUUCUCCGUCACGAGCGCCCACCCGGCAGGGACAUGGUUAGUGGACCAAGGUCUCAGGAUCCAAGUUUAAAAAGAAAUGGUGUAAAAGUACCUGGUGAACAGAGAAGAAAGGAGAAUGGGGUGAAUAAUCCCAGGAUGGAUCUGACUCUUUCUGAACUUCAGGAAAUGGCAUCCCGCCAGCAGCAGCAGAUCGAGGCCCAGCAGCAGAUGCUGGCUACAAAGGAACAGCGCUUACAGUUUUUGAAACAGCAAGAUCAGCGUCAACAGCAACAAGCUGCUGAACAGGAGAAACUGAAGAAGCUCAAAGAAAUAGCCGAGAUUCAGGAAGUGAAGCUCAAAAAAGUGAGAGCACUGAAAGGCCACGUGGAACAGAAGAGACUGAGCAACGGGAAGCUGGUGGAGGAAAUUGAGCAGAUGAAUAGUUUGUUCCAGCAGAAACAGAGGGAGCUCGUCCUGGCUGUGUCUAAAGUAGAGGAACUUACCCGACAGUUGGAGAUGCUCAAGAAUGGCAGGAUCGACGGCCACCACGACAGCCAGUCUGCUGUGGCCGAGCUCGACCGACUCUACAAGGAGCUGCAGUUAAGAAACAAAUUGAAUCAAGAACAGAAUGCUAAGCUGCAGCAACAGAGGGAGUGUUUGAAUAAGCGCAAUUCAGAAGUAGCGCUCAUGGACAAGCGUGUUAAUGAGCUGAGGGACCGUCUGUGGAAGAAGAAGGCAGCCCUGCAGCAGAAAGAGAAUCUCCCUGUCUCUCCUGAUGGCAAUCUCCCGCAGCCAGGCCUGGCCGCCCCAAGUCGCGUGGCCGCGGUGGGCCCCUACAUCCAGUCCUCCACUAUGCCUCGGCUCGCCUCGCGGCCCGAACUCCUGGUGAAGCCAGUUCUGCCUGACGGUUCCUUGGCUAUGCAGGCUUCUGAGGGGCAGAUCAAAGUGCAGACCCUGCCCAAUAUGAGAUCCGGGGCCACGGCACAAGCAAAAGGCUCUAAAAUCCAUCCACUUGGCCCUGAUUGGAGUUCUCCAAACACAGAUCUUUUCCCAAACCAAGCCUCUGCUUCUGUCUCUAAAAACUCUGGGACCACUCCUGAUCCAGCUGAUGAUGGGGAGGUUCCUCUGAGGGAGAAGGAGAAGAAGGUGCGUCCCUUCUCCAUGUUUGACACGGUUGACCAGGCUGCUGCCCCUUCUGCCUUUGGGACUCUGAGGAAAAACCAGAGCAGUGAAGAUAUCCUACGGGAUGCACAGGCUGCCAAUAAAAAUGUGGCCAAAGUGCCACCUCCUGUACCAUCAAAACCCAAACAGAUUAAUUUGCCUUAUUUCGGACAGACAAAUCAGUCAGCGGCAGACAUGAAGGCAGACGGAAGUCUGCAGCCGUUGUCAGCAGCUGUUGUUUCCAUCGGAAGCAAACCCAAACCUGCGGGCCAGCCACAGAGGGUCCUGCUGUCCCCUGGUGUACCUCCAGCGGGCCCAGACCAGGCCCUUUCUCCAAAUGCUAAGCAAGAAAGCCCACCUGCUGCCGCGGUUAGGCCUUUCACCCCCCAGCCUACCAAAGACGCUCCCCUCGCCCCCUUCCGCAAGCCCCAGACAGUGGCCACCAGCUCCAUCUACUCCAUGUAUACACAGCAGCAAGCCCCUGGCAAGAACUUCCAGCAGGCCGUGCAGAGUGCCCUGACCAAGACACAGCCCAGAGGCCCCCACUUCUCCAGCGUCUACGGCAAGCCCGUGGUUGCCGCAGCCCAAAACUCGUCGCAGUACCCGGAGAACGUGUAUUCCACUAACCAGAGCAAGCCUGGCAGUCCCGAACCAGACACGGAGACUUCAUCUUCCCUCCAGGAGAGCCAGGAAAAUGAGAGGAUUCCUCGGCCACUCAGCCCAACCAAACUGCUGCCUUUCUUGUCAAACCCUUACCGCAACCAGAGUGACGCCGACUUGGAAGCCCUCCGAAAGAAACUGUCGAAUGCGCCGAGGCCCCUGAAGAAGCGCAGCUCUAUCACAGAGCCCGAGGGGCCCAAUGGGCCGAACAUUCAGAAACUUCUGUAUCAGCGGACCACCCUUGCUGCCAUGGAGACCAUCUCCGUCCCCUCGCACCCCUCCAAGCCCACGCCAGUGACUGUCAGCCCAGAAAGCCCCCUGGAAAUCCAGAAUCCGUAUUUGCACGUGGAACCAGAGAAGGAGGUGGUUUCCCCGGCCCCCGAGCCCAUGUCCCCACAGGAAGCAGGGAGUGUGGGAACAGAGCACAGCGGUUUGCCGUCCCCGGCUCCAGGCCUUGAGUACGUGCCCGAGGGAGCCGCUGACAGCAUUCCAAACUUCCAGAAUAGAGUGGAAGAAUCAAAUGUGGAGGCCCCCAGUCUGCUGGAAGGCUACCUGGAGGAGUACCCUCCCUACCCACCACCGCCAUACCCUUCUGGGGACCCUGAAGGGCCUGGAGAAGACCCUGGGAACAUGUGUCCACCCGAGGUCACCGGGCAGGCCCCUCUACCUCCCGGCAAAAGGACAAACUUACGGAAAAUUGGCUCAGAGCGGAUUGCUCAUGGAAUGAGGGUGAAGUUCAACCCCCUUGCUUUACUUCUAGAUUCCUCUUUGGAGGGAGAAUUUGACCUUGUACAGAGAAUUAUUUAUGAGGUUGAUGACCCCAGCCUGCCGAAUGACGAAGGCAUCACAGCACUUCACAACGCUGUGUGUGCCGGCCACACCGAGAUUGUCAAGUUCCUGGUGCAGUUUGGUGUGAAUGUAAAUGCUGCUGAUAGCGACGGAUGGACCCCGCUGCACUGCGCCGCCUCCUGCAACAACGUCCAGGUGUGCAAGUUCCUGGUGGAGUCGGGGGCCGCCGUGUUUGCCAUGACCUGCAGCGACAUGCAGACCGCUGCCGACAAGUGUGAGGAGAUGGAGGAAGGCUACACCCAGUGCUCCCAGUUUCUCUAUGGGGUCCAGGAGAAGAUGGGCAUCAUGAACAGAGGCGUCAUCUAUGCGCUCUGGGACUAUGAGCCUCAGCACGAUGACGAGCUGCCCCUGAAGGAGGGGGACUGCAUGACCAUCGUGCGCAGGGAGGACGAAGACGAGAUCGAGUGGUGGUGGGCGCGGCUGAAUGACCAGGAGGGCUAUGUGCCACGCAACUUGCUGGGGCUAUAUCCAAGAAUUAAACCAAGACAAAGGAGCUUGGCGUGAGAUGGUCAUGGAAUCGAUUACAUGAAGAAUGAAUCUGUUAUCACUAAAAAAGUCAUAUGGUUGUUCCUGGCAAGCAUUUGAUGAGACUCAAUAACCACGCUCCUUGGCUCUGGAAGCAAAUGAAGGAUGGGAGGAUGUGCUGUUUGUGGAGGACAUUCAGCAUGAUGAAGCAGAGGUCCUGAGUGCGCUGAGUCCACUAGCCCAAGAUAAAGGCGAUGCUGGGAAAGAUACACACUGACAAUCGUGUUUCCUGUCAGAAAUAGGACCGUGUAUGUGGCACCUGGGAUGCCAUUGGAUAUCCUGCCUCACUGGUGCUUCUCGGCCCGCAAACCUGUGCUCCCCGCACCCUCACUGGGACCACCCCCACUGGGGCACCCUUUCGGGCGAAGGCUAGAAGUUUCUGAAUGCUUGUUUAUUGUCAGGGAAGAGCUGUUAGUUGGUUACCAGUGCACAAUAACUUUCUUACGUGACUUCUUGUAGCUGCUUAAGAUUUAUACAAAUAUUUGAACUAUUGAACCUGAUCUACAAUAUAGGCGAUGCGAUUUAGAAUCUCAUUUUUAGGCUGAAUUUGAAUCUAUAUUUAUUAUCUUUUGUAUCUUGGAAAUUAUAGACUUACUGUAGACCUCCCCAUGGUGUUUGUCAUGUUACUAGCUGACUUUGAAAGCAGUUGUAAUAAAAUUAAACAUUUGGA